AUGAAGUUCUCGACCCUUGCCUCGAGCCUCCUGGCUCUGGCCCCGUUCUCGGCCGCCGCUGAGAUCGUCAAGCGGGCCACGCUGACCCGGGUGAACAACUUCGGCUCCAACCCCUCGGGAGUGAGGAUGUACAUCUAUGUUCCCAACAACCUGCAGGCCAAGCCUCCCAUCCUUACCGCCAUCCACUACUGCACAGGCACGGCCAACGCUUUUUACACCGGCACGCCGUAUGCCCGCCUCGCCGACCAGUACGGCUUCAUCGUCAUCUACCCUGAAUCGCCCAACGACGGCGGCUGCUGGGAUGUCUCUUCCAAGGCCACUCUGACCCGCGGCGGCGGCGCCAACAGCAACAGUAUCGCCAACAUGGUGACCUACACCAUUUCCCAGUACAAGGCCGACCCCGAGCGUGUGUUUGUCGCCGGCACGAGCUCCGGCGCUAUGAUGACCAACGUCAUGGCCGCCACCUACCCCGACCUGUUCAAGGCUGCCAGUGCCUAUGCGGGCGUUGCUGCUGGUUGCUUUUACACGGGCACCGUGGCCGGCUGGAACUCGAGCUGCGCCAACGGCCAGUCCAUCGCCUCCCAGGACGCGUGGGCCAAGACCGCCCGGGACAUGUACCCCGGCUAUACGGGCUCCCGUCCCAAGAUGAUGAUCUACCACGGCUCGGCCGACUCCACCAUCUACCCUCCUAACUUCAACGAGACCAUGAAGCAGUGGUCCGGCAUCUUCGGCUACACCUACGGCCAGCCGCAGCAGACCCUUCCCAACACGCCGGCGGCGCCCUACACCAAGUACGUGUACGGGCCGAACCUGGUCGGCGUGUACGGCACCGGCGUCACUCACAACAUUGCCGUCAACGGGGCUGCCGACAUGGAGUGGUUUGGUAUCACCGGCGGCUCGACCACCCCGACGCCCACCAGCUCUGCCACGCCCGGCGGGCCAACUACCUCGGCUCCUCCGACACAGCCAUCAGGUUGCACUUCGGCCCAAUGGGGGCAGUGCGGCGGGAAUGGGUAUGCGGGGUGCAAGACUUGCGCUAGCCCAUUCAAGUGCACCUUUGUGAAUGACUGGUACUCGCAGUGCUUGUGA